AAAUAUAUGCGAGGGAGGGGGGGGGAAGAUGGCGCUGCCCUUACUGAGAGGUUCCUGUCGUAGUAGGCUACCCUUUGUGUGCACCGUUACUCAUCUCUUUAAACCUGAGCAUUUUCUUCUGACCAGGUUCAGCAAAGCGAGGCUGCCUCCUUCGUUGUCCGUCGGUGUUUUCUCAGCAGACCGCUCGUAUAGCUCCGAUCGGGGUGGACAAAAACAACAAAAAAAAGUGGUUGUGGUCGGCGUCCCAAAUCCUUUUCUAUGGUUCCGCACGAAAAUUUACUAUUUUCUGAUUAGGGCCUACUUUGAUAAGGAGUUUAACAUUGAAGAAUUUACUGAAGGGGCGAAACAGGCUUUCUCUCAUGUUUCGAGACUGCUGUCAAAAUGCCAGUUUGAGGCCCUGGACGGUCUUGUGGCAAAAGACUUGAUUGGGAAGCUAGAAGAAAAAUGCAACCUUCUUCCGUCAAACCACAAGAAAGCACUCUCUGCAGAUCCUAGUGAAAUCAUGUACACAACUCCUGAAAAUGUGGACAUCUACUAUGAUGAUAACGGGAGAAAAUUUGUUAGUAUUCUGAUGCGCUUCUGGUACCUGACAAGUGCCCAUCUUCCUAAUGACACAAUGGAGGGAACUCGCCUCUUUCAGGUUGCAAUUGGUGGCGAAGGAGAGGGAGAGACUAAACAAUUGCUAACAGCCAAUUAUGAAUUCCAAAGGGAAUUUACUAAGGGGGUGCCACCAGACUGGACCAUUACAAGAAUAGAACAUUCCAAACUGUUGGAUUAAGGCGAUAUUGCUUGGAGGCUGAUGGAUUAAUUAAAAAUGGUGGAAGAUCAACAGUUUCCUUGUGUUUCCUUACCAUACAACGGACAGGAAUAUACGCCUGCCCACAGCAAUCUCCAGUCUCCUUCCUCUGAGGGAUAAUCAAAACCGACAUCUGACCUAGAAGUCCAUGGCAUCACUGUAUAAAAGACAUGAGCCAAAUGCAUCUGUUCUAAGAUACUGCAUAGAAAUAUAUUCGUUGUGUUUUUAGUCACAGAGUUGUAGUACAGUAUUGGGUUAUAUGUGCAAAUGCAUACUGUGGAAGGCUGAAAUUAAGCUCUCGUUUGUACAUUUGGUAAUAGGGCCACACGCCAUAAUUGGAUAAAAGGGUAUCAGCAAAUAAUUUAAAGCCUUUUUUUUUACCCACCUAUAAUUAUGUCUAGGUGGAGUUUGUCACACACACACAAGAGGCUACAGUGAAUGAAAUCCAAAGAUAUGUGAUCUUCCACUUUGUUUCACAGGGGGUUAAAGAGUAUGCAGACUUUCAUCUCAACUAAACAUAUCAAUAAAUUAUUUCACUAAGUCAUCCAUAAAAUCUGUUUAGGUAUUAUUUGGCUGAAAUGAAACAGUCCAUAUUCUCAAUAUAUGUCAUGUAGUCUUACCUCUGUAUUAUUUGAUUACAGGAAGGGGUGUGGAUUUAUACUUGUGUCAAAAACCCUUCCAUCAGGUACUUUAAACGCUGUGGGUUAUUUCCAAAUAGUGUUUGACUUUGAUGUGACAAUGAUGUUAAGAGGUGAAUUUGGUUUGCAAUGAGAUUCUUCUGUGCAUCUUUGAUAAGUACAACACACACUUUAAUGUCUUUAUGUAGUAUCUGUUCACUGGGGGGGGGGGGGGACAACCUAAAACAGGAUUUUAGACUUGUACGGAUUUAUUACCAAAAUAAGAAAUCAUUCCCUGAAGUAAGAAUUACAGUUGUCUUAAUGUGCACAUUCAAAACCCAAUUUGUUAAUUGAGAGGACUGAAUGGGUUUACAAGUCUCGAACUGCUAGUCCAGUGCUAGAAGAGACCAGAUUUAUGUUUGUAUUGUUUUGUGUGGUGGAAAUGUGCUGCCAGACUGCGAGAGGACUAAAACAUCCGCCACUGCCACGUUUGCUGAUACAAAGUACAACAUCUGAAUAUAUAUAUAUACACACACACACACACACACACAC